AUGUACGACUUGGGACUGUGGCUUGGCACUGUAUUCACCUCACACCUCGCGAACGGCAUCAUGCUACGCCGAGUUGAUCGAUCUCUGACUGACAGUGUCGCUCAAGGGACUGAAGGCCAUGUGUCGCAACACCCAGCAAAGGCGACUCCAAGGCCGUGGGGCUCACGGUCGGUGGGCAUCUCCAACCUCUUUUCGUCGCAGGUCGGCAACGUGUUCUGGGCAUUGUUCGAGUUCAACGUCGUGUGGAUCACCCCCAUCGAGAUCGUGGUUGUGGUCACCAGCCUGUACGACGGCAUCGGCGUUGCUGGAGUCAUUGUAGCAUCGGUCGUAGCGAGCUUUAAUAUCGCCAAAGCUUCCGGAGAUAGGUUCGAAGAGUUGAUGCAGCACAAGAACAGCCGCAUGAAGACCACCAAGGAGGUCUUAAACGCCAUUCAGAUCGCCAAGCUGAACGCGUCGUGUGCGACGGCUAUCAGGAAGCUCGUGUUUCUUGGUGCGCUCAACAUUUCCGUGCUGUGGAACUCUCCGUUGGUGGUAUCGGCUGCAUUGUAUGCAGUUGUGUUGGAGAUCUGCGGCAAAAGUGCUUCCGGUGAUCGCGCCACCCGGAACUGCUAA